UACGGUUACCUUUGCUCUUGUGCCCUUUCACACAGUUAAACCGUUUAGAUCACUGUGAGUGUGCAGUAAUAGGUGGCCAACUCGCUUUCCAGCUAUAGCUUAAGUGUCUCUCAGAAAUGGAGAUUUUAGAUGUUCUGCCUGCCAAUUUUGGCUAUGCGAUUCUGACAUAUUUGUACAGUUUUAUAAUGUUGUUUUACCUCGCAAUGAAAGUUGGUGCUGGCCGGAAAAAAUAUGGCGUGAAAUACCCCACUAUGUACAGUGAUAAGGAAGUGGUGUUCAACUGCAUCCAGAGGGCACAUCAGAACACGCUGGAGGUCUAUCCACAGUGGUUGGUUUUCCAGACUAUUGCUGCACUUGUAUAUCCUACUGUGGCCUCUGUUCUGGGGGUUAUCUGGGUGACUAGUAGGUUCUCCUAUGCAUGGGGCUACUACACUGGUGAUCCUGCCAAGAGAAUGAACGGUGUUUAUGGGUACAUUGGCCUUUUUGGAGUGAUCAUCCUGUCUAUAUAUAUUGCUCUCCAGCUCCUUGAAGUCUUUUAAGUGCUUACGACUGACCACUGUGGAUCAUUUACAGCACUGACCAAGUGUAAAACCUUAGUCUUUUUUUUUUUUUUUUUUGGAACCUAUUUUAAUAUCAAUUUUUAUUCCUUCUUCAGUUAUGCAGAACAUGAAAGUAAAUUCUUUCUCUAGACUACUAUAUUAGUCCACUUGUUUGUCUCUUUGUCAUGUAUAUGAUUGAUUGUACUGCUGAAUCGGAAUAAAACCGGACAUCUGUUUAGUGUUGAA